AUGGUAAUCCAUUUUAUAUUUGUCUCGCAGUUUCUCUUAUUUCUUUUAAUCUUUUGUGUCAAUUGUGAAGAUUUUUAUCACUUGCUUGGAAUAUCACGGGAUGCUGAUAAUAGAGCAAUCAGAAGAGCAUUCAAGAAGCUAGCUUUGGUCAAACAUCCGGAUAAAAAUCCUAAUGAUAACAGUGCACAUAAAGAGUUUAUGAAACUUUACCGUGCUUACGAAGUAUUAAUGGAUGAAGAACUGCGGAAAAAAUAUGAUCGGUACGGUGAAGAGGGUUUAACCGAUAAUUAUAAAGAAAAUCAUCAAUAUCAGUCAUGGCAGUUCUACAAAGAUAACUUUGGUAUAUACGAUGAGGACAAGGAAAUAAUAACAUUAUCACGAUCAGAUUUUGAAAGGACAGUCUCUGAAACGGAUGAAAUAUGGUUCAUCAAUUUCUAUUCUACAUUUUGUUCACAUUGUCAUCAGUUAGCGCCCACCUGGCGAAAAUUCGCUCAAGAAAUGGAAGGUGUUCUUCGGAUAGGUGCUGUAAAUUGUGCCGAAGAUCCUAUGCUCUGUCAUUCACAAGGUGUUAUGGGUUACCCGAGUUUGGUGAUUUAUCCACAUCGACAUUUUUUCCACGGACAGCGACAACUGGAUGACAUAGUAGCAUUUGCCAUGGAAUACGUUACUAGUGUGGUACUGCAGUUGACAGAUUCCGACAUUAACCUGUUUAAGACUAAAGAGAAUGAGAAAAAUGCACGUGGAUGGUUACUGGAUUUUUGUGAACAUCAGAGUAGUGACUGCUUGUCUGAAUUAAACAGAAAAAAACUUGCAGCCAAUUUGCAUGGCCUUGUAAAUGUUGGGAAAAUUGAUUGCGACGAAUCAUUGAAACUUUGCACAUUAUUUGGCCGUAAAAGUGGUAUAAUUUAUUUUCAGCGUGAUGAUGGAAGGGAACCCGAUAAGGCAUGGGAGAUUAAUAGUCUCGAUUUCAAGGAAAUAGCAGCUAUCGUUUUAACAUAUGUUCCUGACAUACCAUAUAUCGAUAAAUUGUUGGAGAAAAUUUUUGAAGUUCAAAUUCGGGAUCAUUCAUUUCUGAUUAGAUUUGGUUCCGGUGAAAUAGUUAACAAUGCAGAACUAAAAAAACUGCCGACGAAAUUAACAAGUGAUGAAAUCGAAAUAUAUUUUGCUGAUUGCUCUAAGACCAAGGAUAUAUGUGAAAACUUGAAGCUGACUAAACUUCCGAAAUGGGUUCUGUUCAAAAAACAAGGAAGCUAUGAAAUAUAUCACGGCAAGAUGGAAACAGUGCAUGAUAUUGCCCUAUUUGCUAGAGAAAGCCAUUCUUCACCACUUGUUACCCUUACGCCCGAAACCUAUGCAUCUGCUAUUGAUUCGGGCGAUGAAUGGCUAAUCGACUACUACGCUCCAUGGUGUCCACCUUGUUUGCGUUUGCUGAAAGAGUUAAGAAGGUUGCACAAUUAUGUGGAAAGCAUAAAAAUUGGGACUAUUGAUUGCGUUCAACAUAGUGAAAUUUGCAAAAAAGCGAAUGCUAACGCUUACCCAAAUAUAGUGUGGCAUAGUGGUGGUAGAUCUAAUGCGCGUUCAGGCUAUUUGGAUGUCACCACAAUAGCAGAAUUCAUUGAAGAUGCGCGUAAUCCAAUAGUGGUCGACUUAUCGCCAUCAAAUUUUGAUCUAUUGGUUUUGGAUGGGAAACCGGACACUGUUUGGCUGGUCGAUUUUUAUGCACCAUGGUGUGGCCCUUGUAAUCAGUUAGCACCUGAGUACAAGAAGCUUGCUCGAAAUAUGCGCAUAAAGAAAUUCGUUCAUUUUGGAAUGGUCGAUUGUGAUCAUCAUCGACAGCUGUGUAUGAAUUUAGGUGUUCAGAGUUAUCCAACCAUCCGACUCUAUUCUUCUGAUUCUCAUGUCGUAGAUUAUCCUUCAAACUGGUGGCGUGAUCACCGGUCCAUGGAAGUAUGGCUUAGAAAUUAUUUGCCAUCGAAAGUUAUCACUAUCGGAAAUGAUUUCUUUUCCAAGGUGUUGGAUGAUGAUAAACCGUGGCUGGUCGACUUUUUUGUCACUUGGUGCUCUCAUUGCAUUGAAUUUGCGCCUGUUUUUGAGCGCAUUGCUGAGGUUUUGGAGGAUCGUGUGAAGCUUGCAAAAAUUGAUUGUGGACUUUGGCCAAAUAUUUGUCGGAGUGUUGGUGUGGCUGUCUACCCUACUGUUCGAUUUUAUAGUGGCUCACGAGGCGGACAUAUCCAAAUAACAAGUGGAGUUCCUAUUGAGUCGCAAGAUGGAGACAGCAUUGUGCAUGAAGUUGAAAAAGAGUUGACCAAAAUAGACCGGCUUCAUAAGACUGAAUUAUAG